AAAAAGAGAAAAGCAUUUACACAGAUUCCUGGGUUUUUAAUUUUUCAAUUUUGGGUUCUCUUCUAGCUUAGGAUUAAGCGAAGAAAACAAGAAAAAACCAACAAAGAUUUCUAGUUUUUUUUUUUCUUUGUUUGGUUUUCAUAUUUUUGAGGUUUUAUACAUAAAAAUGGGUCGAAUUGAGAAUAUUUUUCAUAGUAUAAAGCCGCCAUUGUUAAUGGUAUUGGUACAGAUCAUAUUUGCUGGUGUUAAUGUAAUGUAUAAGUUGGCUGCUGAUGAUGGGAUGAGUUUAAGGCUUAUUGUAGUUUAUAGAUUCAUGUUCGCCACUGUUAUCAUGGUUCCGCUUGCUCUUAUUUUUGAAAGGAAGAGCUUGAAGAAAAUUAAUAGAAAAGUACUGCUUCAAGCGUUUCUUUGUGGGUUAUUCGGAGGAUCAUUGGGUCAAAACUUGUACUUGCAAAGCUUGGUGCAUACAUCUGCAACAUUUGUUGCAGCCAUGAUCAACCUUGCUCCAGCCUUUACUUUUAUUUUGGCCAUUUGUUUCAAGAUGGAGAAACUGGCAAUAAGAACAAAUGCAGGGAAAGCCAAAGUGUGUGGGACAUUAAUAGGAAUAGGUGGAGCAAUGGUAUUCACAUUUUACAAAGGUAUAGACAUAAACAUCUGGUCAACAAAUGUAAACCUUUUAAAGCAUCAUCAUCAUCAUCAACAAGUAGGUCCUGGACCUUCAUAUCAUGGCACUGGUCACUUCAUUAUCGGUGCUUUUUUCGGUCUUUUGAGUUGCAUUUCUUUCUCUUUGUGGUUGAUCAAUCAGGCUAAAAUGAGUGUGGGGUUCCCUUACUUGUAUUCAAGCACUGCUUUGAUGUGUUUGAUGGGAUCAAUACAAGGAGCUUUGUAUGCAGUUUGUACUGUGAGGGAUUGGAAUCAAUGGAAGCUUGGGUGGAAUGUUAGGCUUUCAGCUGUUGCUUUUGUGGGAAUUAUGGGGUCUGCUUUGUUGGUGUUUUUGGUAUCAUGGGCUGUUAGGUUGAAGGGACCAUUGUAUGCAGCUAUAUUCAAUCCAUUGGGGCUUGUGUUUGUUGCUAUUGUGGGAUCUUUGUUACUUGAUGAAAAGCUGCAUUUAGGAAGUAUCAUAGGGGGAUUAAUGAUAGUAUGUGGAGUAUAUGUGGUACUAUGGGGCAAAGCCAAAGAGAUGAAGCAAAAAACACAGUUAGUACCAGUACCAACAGUUGAUGAAGAAUCAAAUGAAAUAGAAGAAGAUAAACAAAGUGAAAAUAAAGAAACUGAUGAAGAACAAGAGCAUGAAGGAACUGAAACUCCACCUGUAAUAAUUUUAGCUUAAAAUUGUCUUUUUUUCCCCCUCAAAACUAGAAAAAAAAAGAAAGAAAUUUGGCCAUUCGCAGCAACUUACAGUUUACUGCCAGAUAUAUUUGUUGCAUAAGACACUGUUUUGAAAGCUCAUCUUUGGUGAUUUAUUACCUGUAAUUCAAAGGCCAAUUUG